ACAUGCACCGCGGGCUGGAGCGGAUCCCGGGACUACAACUCCCGGCAUGCAGCGAGGCCGGCGCAUGCGCUGAGCGGGGCUCAGGAAGUCGGCUGCCCCUGGGCCGGCGCCGGCAUGAACCUGGAGCGGGUCCCCAACGAGGAGAAGCUCAACCUGUGCCGGAAAUAUUACCUGGGUGGCUUUGCCCUUCUGCCUUUCCUCUGGCUGGUCAACGUGCUGUGGUUCUGCCGCGAGGCCUUCCUGGCACCUGCCUACACCGAGCAGCCGCAAAUCAAGAGUUACGUCCAGCGUUCAGCUGUGGGGCUGCUGUUCUGGGUGGUCGUGCUGACCACAUGGGUCACCAUCUUCCAGACGCACCGGGCCCGGUGGGGCGAGCUGGGCGACUACCUGUCCUUCACCAUUCCGCUGGGUAUCCCCUGAUGGUGCCCCACUCAGAGGGCAUCCAGGGGGCGCCCUCCAGCUGGGACCAGCGGGGCUCACGUUCCUGCCCCUCCUGCCAGAGCUGCUGUUCCUGGCUGGGGAUGCCGGUCCUCCACGUGCCCGGUUCUGCCCCGUGAUCCCAGCUGGGCUCCAAGAGAAUCAAUAAAGCUGAGGCCCGUUUCCCACUG